GUGACCGCACUCUCUUGGGAGUCUCUCAUUUCUGCUCUGCCCUCUCAAAUGCUUUGCCUUCACUGCUGAAAACAGCCAUCAACUUGUCUCUCCAUUCCUUCAUAUUUUCAAUUUUUUUUUUUUAUUCUGAAAAACUUGCAGAGUUGAAAGAAAGAAGAAGAUGGGAACGUUGGGAAGAGCAAUCUACACCGUUGGAUUCUGGAUCCGCGAAACCGGCCAAGCCAUCGAUCGCCUCGGCUGCCGCCUCCAAGGCACCUACCACUUCCAAGAACAGCUGUCUAGGCACCGGACUCUCAUGAAUGUAUUUGACAAGGCUCCUGUGGUUGAUAAGGAAGCAUUUAUAGCCCCUAGCGCAUCUAUUAUUGGAGAUGUUCAGGUCGGAAGAGGUUCAUCUAUUUGGUAUGGAUGUGUUCUGAGAGGUGAUGUGAACAACAUCAGCAUUGGAUCGGGAACAAAUAUACAAGAUAAUUCUCUUGUUCACGUAGCCAAAUCUAAUUUAGCAGGGAAGGUUUUACCUACUAUUAUUGGUGACAAUGUCACUGUAGGUCAUAGUGCUGUCUUACAUGGAUGUACCGUUGAGAAUGAGGCAUUUGUUGGUAUGGGUGCAACCUUGCUUGAUGGGGUAUUUGUUGAGAAACAUGCCAUGGUUGCUGCUGGAGCCCUUGUGAGGCAGAAUACAAGGAUCCCCUGUGGAGAGGUGUGGGGAGGCAAUCCAGCCAAGUUUCUAAGGAAGCUGACAGAAGAAGAGAUAGCCUUCAUCGCCCAAUCAGCCACAAAUUACACCAACUUAGCACAGGUUCAUGCUGCCGAAAAUGCAAAGAGCUUUGAUGAGAUUGAGUUUGAGAAGGUUCUCCGCAAGAAGUUUGCUCGCCGUGACGAGGAGUACGAUUCAAUGUUGGGCGUUGUUCGGGAAACACCUCCUGAGCUCAUCCUUCCUGAUAAUAUCCUACCAGACAAAGGACCAAAGGCUUCCUAAAGUGCUAUUUUCAAAAGUUAGGAAUCCUUUCGUGGGUUUGAUGUUGACAAAUAUUUUGUUAUUAUGUACGGAGGUUCAUGGAGAAUGGAUACCUUUCAUAUCUAAUAAUUUUUGGAGCUAGGCGAAGUGUUAAAUACUUAAUCAUUGUAGGCAUUUCUGGCAGACGGCUCUGUUCAUCCUGUUUGGCUAAUGAGAAACUCCUGUUUUCUGUUUCUUGUUUCUUGAGGUAUGUUUUGUGGUUGUGGAUCUUUACAUUUAAGAUGAAAUCAAUGAACAAUUUUGUCGCUGAUUGGAAUUCA